AUGCUGCCCUGCGAGAUCUGCAACGAAAUCUUGCCGGCACCGACCGGCAACCACUUCUCACCGAUGCCAGCACAAUACCUGAGCCAGGCAGCUCAACGCAUCGUGAAGGAGUCCCACGCGAAGUCCGACUGUGUCAAUGGGCAGUUCCUCGACACUCCCAUUGGCAAAGGUGGGAAGGUGGACGACACCUCUGUGGUUGUAGGCGAGAUCAUCGAGUGGACGGAAGCUCACACACAGAUCUGGUCGGAGGUGAGAAGAAAUCGGCGUUGGAAGGACGUCAUCUCCUGUGGUGGCCUGCAGUGCGACAUGGGCCCAAGACAUCCUUGCUCCUGCGAGGGUGAGGACGAUGAGCGGAGCCGGUUUCGUGGGCGAAGCGAAGAUGCUAGCGAGGAUGGCUCCUCCGACGAAGAGGAAGGUGUUUGCUCCAUCGCGUAG